AUGAGCGAGCUGCAGCAUCUCGUCAUGGUGGGUGGUGUAGAGCCUCACGGCGCCCUCAUUGGGCGGUCCAUCACAAAGCUCCAUCUCAUGAUUCUUGUUGGACGCCUCAUUCCAGACGCCAGGACUGGCCUCCAGCGCAGUGUCCUUAGCGCUGACUCAAACUCCUCUUCUUCCUUCCCCGUCUCCGCUGCUUUCUUCUUUCCUACAGCCUUCGGAAGAAGCUUUGGCAACAGCCAGGUUUAA